CGGAAGUGGACCCGGCGGGAGGACGGAGAAGCCGCUGCUGUGCUGAACGUGGGGAUCUGUGAGGAGGCUCCAGCAGCCAUGAGGCGAGACGUCCGCAUCCUCCUUCUGGGGGAGGCCCAGGUGGGAAAACCUCGUGAUCAUGCCUGGUGGCGAAGAAUUCCCUGAAGAGGUGCCGCCUCGUGCAGAAGAAAUCACCAUCCCAGCAGAUGUCACCCCUGAGAAGGUUCCCACCCACAUUGUGGACUAUUCAGAGUCAGAGCAGACAGAAGAGGAACUACAAGAGGAGAUUGCCAAGGCAAAUGUGGUCUGCAUGGUGUUAGACGUCACAGAGGAGUCCACCAUUGACAAGGUAAAUGCUGUCUUUGGUGUAUUCGGACAAUGGAUUCCAAUGGUGAACGGUGGAGCUGAAAAGUGUUCUAGGAUCCCCAUCAUCCUUGUGGGAAAAUCCGACUUGCAGACUGGAAGCUCUAUGGAAACCAUCCUGCCCAUCAUGAACCAGUUCUCAGAGAUUGAGACCUGUGUAGAGUGUUCGGCAAGAAACUUGAAGAAUAUCUCAGAGCUUUUAUUGGCUCAGAAAGCAGUUCUGCACCCAACGGCUCCUCUGUAUGACCAGAGGAGAAACAGACCAGCGUGCACUCGAGCACUCACCGGUUUCAAUAUGUCUGACCAAGUACACAAGAUCCUAAGUGACGAAGAGCUGAACUAUUUCCAGAAGUCCUGCUUUGGAAACCCAUUAGCCCCUCAAGCUCUAGAAGAUGUGAAAAUGGUGGUCUGGAAGAACACGACAGAUGGGGUCCAGGACAACGGCCUGACGCUCAAUGGAUUCCUGUUCCUCAAUACUCUCUUUAUCCAGCGAGGACGACAUGAAACCACAUGGACCAUCCUACGCCGCUUUGGCUAUGAUGAUGCACUAGAACUGAUGGAUGACUAUCUCUGCCCACCGAUCCAGGUGCCUCACGACUGCUCCACAGAACUCAACCACUUUGCCUACCAGUUUCUGCAGAGGAUGUUUGAGAAGCAUGACAAGGACCGUGAUGGAGCCCUCUCCCCUGCUGAGCUGCAGAGCUUCUUUAAUGUGUUCCCCUAUGUGCCCUGGGGUCCUGAGCUCUACCACACGGUAUGCACCACUGAUAAAGGCCUGCUUUCCCUGCAUGGAUUCCUCUGCCAGUGGACGCUGGUUGCCUAUCUGGAUGUACAUCGCUGCCUGGAGCAUCUGGGCUACCUGGGUUACCCCAUCUUCUCUGAACAGGACUCACAGGUUCAUGCUAUCACAGUUACACGGGAGAAAAGGAUUGACUUGGAGAAGGGCCAAACCCAUCGGAAUGUUUUCCUCUGCAAAGUGGUUGGAUCCCGAGGUGCUGGCAAAUCUGCAUUCCUGCAGGCCUUCCUUGGGAAGACCUUGACUGCCCAGAGUGAAUCCAAGGGAAAGGAGUUCUCCUAUACUAUUAACACUGUGCAAGUUAACGGGCAGGAAAAGUAUUUAAUACUGCACGAGAUUGAUGCCGACAUGGAGUUUGUGAAGGCAUCAGAUGCAUUUUGUGAUGUUGCCUGUUUGUUAUAUGAUCUGACGGACCACAAGUCUUUCAACUACUGUGCAAGCAUUUAUAAGCAACACUACAUGGAUGGACAGAUCCCUUGCCUCUUUGUGGCCACUAAGGCAGACUUGCCUGAGACGUCUCCGCAGCAUGGCCUCUCACCCGCCGAGUUCUGCUACAAACACCGCCUCCCGCCACCGUUUUACUUCACUUGUAAUGGACAGGGUCUGCCUAGCCCUGCUGUCUACACAAAGCUGGCCACAGCCGCCACCUUCCCGCACCUAAAUGACAUUGACCUGGGAGCUGCCUCCUUCUGGAUCAGGGUCGCUUUGGGAGCCACGGUUGCCGCCAUUGUGGGCGUCACUCUCUACAAAGCGAUGGCGAAGAACAAAUAGAGGAAGAGGAAGAGGAGAACGUAUUAGGGCCCUCUUUUUUCCUCUGCCUUUUCCUCACCCAGCUCCACAAGACCAGCUUCAUUGGCCCCGAGCAAGUGGCACGCUGCAGAAGAAAUGGGCAAGGGGAAGAAAAUGGCUGCAGGAGAAUGGCUUGACCUCCUUUUCUCUCAUUGUGGGGGCAAGGAUAGGAUGGAUGGCAGCCAUUGCACCAGCAGAAGCAGAUAUUGUCACAGAGUCAUCCCGCUGGCAUGGGCAAGACUCACCUUCUCAUUCCAUCUCCUCAAAGAAGUACAUUUUUGCACACUCAGGGAGUGCCUCCCCUCAGCCAUAGCUUCAGUUACCUCGCAGCUGCCUCCUUUGCGCUCCUAGAUGUAUCUCAAGGCUCCGCUUCAUUUUUUUACAACUCGGGGAGGUCUUCAAUGUCUGAAGCUGUUGCAACAAAAUGAAUUGUUGUUGUUAUUUUUUAACAAAGACUUGUGUUUUAUGGGGACAUUCAGGCUCAAGGAGGGCCUUAGAAAGCCUUGCGAAAUCACUGUGUGCCAUUUGGUUCUCAAAGCUGUAGCAAUGGCAGGGCUGCUCCUUCCUUCAGCAUCUUGUUCUGUAGUGAAGGUAUGGUUUUAAUGGAUUCUCUUGGCUGUCGUGAGGGGACCCAAAGGCUUCUAGAAUUCUUUGCAUCUUUCUCUUGGCAAAAGUCUUCAUGUUGCUUGGUGUGUUGGGACAAAACAAGGCAGGAUGAGGAAACCCAGCAAGGAUGGCAUGGUUGCUUAAAUGACGAGAGUAUAACAGCUAUUCUGUGAUACGCUUCAUUCAAGCACACUGUGUCUCCCAGGGCUAAUGUCAACUUGCCAUGCGUUUGUGCUGUUUGUACGGUGAUCCUGGGUUGUCAUUGCUAUGGCAACUUGAAAGGCCUCUAAUCCUCUCUGGUUGUUUUGGGUAGGCUCCUCUGGGCCAGGCCCUGAACAAAUAUCGACAAAGCUGAGUUGGGCUGGGAAACCUCAUAUGUUGUCACACUACAUCUCCCAUCCUCCUUGAUCGCCAGGCAAGCUAGUUGAGGCUGAUGGGAUUUGGAGAACCACAAGUUCUCUACACCUGUAUAAAGAAGGUGAGGAUGGAUGAGAUGGUUGCUAAGCGACUGCCUACUCCUUGUAUCCCAUUCAAUGCUCUCCCUACAUCCAUCAGCGGCUGCUGUGUCUUUUCAGUGCCCCAGCUGGUAACCAUGGCAGGAUUGCCAGAUUAAGAACUGGAGUGGGUUUCUGUCCCUUGAAGGGCUGUGUAGAAGAGGGAAUGUCAACAACCAGGUAGCAAGCAACUCCUGCUGAAACUCCCUCUUAAGCACAACCAUUAAAAAGCACAGGGGUUCAUUAUGGCAACCCUAAUACAGAGGCAAUUUUUGAAAUGGUGGAAAGGAAACUGAUGGCUGUGUGCUUAUAUUCCUUACUUUGUAGAGUAGUGGUUCCCAGCCUUUGGUUCUCCGUUCGUUCUGGAUUUCAGGUCCCAGGAAUUAUGAGAGCUGAAGGCCAAAACUUCUGGAUGACCAAAAGGUUGGGAAUUUGUGUCCUAGAGUGAUCUUGGGCUAAUAGUGGGGUUGCCCUCUUUUGUCUCCAGUGGAAAUUUAAGAGGUAGUGACUUCCUAGCCUUUUAAUCGCUUACCAGGAAAAGUGUUGCCCACCUCAGUUUCUUGCUGCAAGCUCUUGUUUGAAGGAGCAAGGCCACCCCAGGAGAGUGAGAGAACCUCCUGCCCCUUUCAGCCUGCUUUUCUCUCUUCUUUUUUAAAUUCUCUCUCAGCUUAAAAAAAUAGUGUAAAUAUGUAUAUGAUAAAGGAAAGCUUUUCUGCGCUCUAUAGUAGGCAGUUUGGGGAAAAUUAAAAACAAAGCUUUUAAAAACAGCGGUAGUAUUUAGCAAUUCCUGCACAGUUUCAUGGGUAAUCCUUUUUGGGGGGUAAGGCUGGGGAAGGGGAAGAGAGAGCAGGUCUUUCUUGGAUUCCUUCCCUCUGCCUUCCAUCUGUUUUUUUUAAUACAAAUUUCACAUCUGAAUAAUUUUGAGAUGCAAGCACUUCACCAAAUAAAAGCACAGCUGCUCUUAGCCAUGUCUGUGCAGUCUGACUGGGCACACAUAUGAGCCAUACGACCAGAGCUUGGAAAAGUUACUUCUGGGUCUAUUGCCUUCAGAAUCUCCUAACCGAUAUGGCCAUUGACCAUGUUGGCUGGAAGAUUCUGUGAAAUGCGGUUCCAAAAGGGGGACUUUUCCAAAUGUUGGACAAACAAAGCUGUUAAUCUGAAACAGGACACAACCAUUUCCACCAAGCCUGGGUCUACCUUCUGCAUGCAGUGAUUGCAAAGACAGUCACAUCUAUAUCUGUGUACUGCCAGAGUAUUUCAAACGUUUCCACUUGUUGCUUGCAUGCAGGAUGAGCUUCUGAUGCCACUUAAACUACUGCAGCUCCAUUCUUUAGAUCAGUAGUUGAGUAGCUCAACCUCGCGGAAGACAAUGGCAAACCUCUUAACAAAUCCUACCAAGUAAACCCCAUGAGAGGUGUGCCUUGGGGUCACCAUAAAUCAGAAACAACUUGAAGGCACACAACAACAACAAAGUUUAGUAGUUGAGGGUUGCUUAGAAUUCCCUGCCUGCUCACUUGAGCUACAACUCUAGAGCUUUCUGCCGAGAAUCAUCAAGGAUUUCACAGGAUGGAGUCAAGGCAGUUAAUGUACCAUCAAAGUCCUGUAGCUAUCUGUAUACUUAAAAAAAAAGCCCUGCCUUCCCAAACGCUAGCUACAAAAAAGCAGUGUUAAUGAAAAUGUUGGGUGAGCUAGCGCUCCCUUUGCUGACCCCAUCCAUUGAUCUUUGCCCCAGGGACUGCGGUUCCAUCCCUGCCUUCCCCAUUGCCUAUCAUUUCCUUCUGAUAUAAGGGAGAAGGAAGGCUGUAUGGAAGCCUUGCUAGCUAGAUGUUAGCAGGGGGAAGGCAUUGGGCAAUGGAGAAUGAUGGGGAAAGGUGAGAUACUCUGGCACAGAGAGGCAGGGCUCUGAACCCCCAUGAUCAUUUGUAUCUCUGGUAUAGCAUUGUGCCAGGUUUCACUGGACUCAUUGGAUCUAUUUUUUUCUUCUUAAAUUUUGGCCCAUCAGCAUUGUUUCAGCUGAGAACGAUGCUGUUGUAUCCUUCUAGAGAUUCCUUAAGCUCUUUGCUUCCUGCUGUUCCAGUAUUAAGGGCUGCUGCAGAUUGGAUUGUGCAGCUGCACAAUGGUUCUGUUAAGGGAUGUGGUGUGCUUCCAUUUCCCAUUGGUGGUGGCCAGUAUUGAACGGAACCUGUUCAUCUACCCUGGUUCACCGCAGCGUUGAUCGGAGUGCUGCCACUGAUCAAUAAAGGCUUGUGAUGGAGAUAUUUAAUUAGUACCCCCUCCCCAAAGUGCUUCUGGGAGGAAUAUGUGGCAGAAUGAGGUUGUGUGCACUCCAAUCUAGGGCCCUGCAGGCUUCACAGGGCAGUAAGUCUGUUUGGGGGAAUUGGCAUCCUUUGCAUGAACAGAAGUUGCCCUAUCAGGGUUUCUAUCCUAUGCACCAGCCUGUCAGCCCCCAGUACUCUCUGAAGGAUGGUGCGCAUUGUAGUCCAAUAAACCUAGAAGAUUUGCCAGUGGACAGUGUUAAUGUAUCACUUGCUUUGCUCAUAGGUUGCGCAUGACUGACCGAUGCAGCCUCACACUGGAAAUUCUAUUAACGUUUCAGGUAGCAGAACAUGGUGGGUGACCACUUGUUUAUUUGCAAAUAUUUAUCUACCAUGAAAUUCAAACAUUCCUUUUCUACCUGCCAAGAACAAUCCAGUAUCCACACUGUCCUGAUGUCGUCGGGAUAUGUGUUUUCCCCAUCUCUGUCCCACAUUGUUGGCUUAGGGAAAGAUACACCACGCUUGUGUCAUGAUGAUUUUUGUAACUGAAUGAGACAUAAUGGAAUGAGAGAGGGAGACCUUGCCAUGGGGCUGAUGUUUUUGUUGGUACCCUGGGUUCCUUCUGGCUUGUGGGCUUUUUUAUCAUCUCUUGCUUCUUGAGUAUUCAUAUGAUGUUCUUCCUUCCUCCAGACUGAAAGAUAUUUAAUAUGUACUAGAUUCUGUCAUUCUUUAAAAAUGAAAGAAUACCCCGAAGUUGUGAGGAACAUUGCAUGCUGAUGAGAAAAAGACCCGCCACCUUACUUUAGCAUAUGUUCCUCCAGACUCAUAUACUGUAUCAGUUGAAAUGAGUCAAGGAUGGAUCUUCAUCAUUCCAGGUAAUGAUAAAUAUACAUGGCAGGAUCUCAUUUACAUUCCUAAUUUUUGCAUAGCCUCUUAGAUUCAUUCUUCUAAGGAACAUUAAGAGUAUCUAUACUGCACAGUUAAUUCAGUCUGAGGCCAUUUUUAACAACUGUGGCUCCAUCCUAAGGAAUCCUGGAUGUGUAGCUUAAUGAGAUACUUCGAUUUCUCUGCUGGAGAGCUCUAGUGGAUUCUUGAACCACAGCUCCCCCAAAUUUAAUUCUCCAUCUUUCUUCUUAGGCUUCCUUGGGAGCUGUAGCUCAAAACAAUGCAUUACCACUCCCUAGCAAAGUAUCUCAUUAAGCUACACAUUUCAGGAUUCCUUAGGAUGGACUUAUGGCUGUAAAUGUGAUCUCAAACUAAUAAAGAUUACUAGGUAAUCCCUGGAAAAUGUUUUUCAUGGUUGUGGGUGGCAACAUGGCCCACUCCAUGACAAGGACGAGUCCUGUAACUGAGUUGAAAAGAUGCCUGCUGACAUGAAAAUGGUUAUGUGAUUGUUUUAACCCAGAUGUGAGUCUCUCUUCGGAACCAAAGUAUAGCAAUUCUCACCAUUACCUUCGAUGUACCUCUUUUCUUCAGAUACCAGUAUGACUCAUAAGGACUAGCUCCACUAGAAAGCACUUAAUGCUGACAUUUUCCUCUCUUGAGAAAAGGGCAGAUGCAUCCUUUCUGUUCCAAGAUCUUGCUGUAAAUGGUCUCCCAUCAUUGUGCAUUUCUGCCUCAGGAACUGUGCUUGGAAGAAUUCAAAGGGAUAGCCCUGUUAGUCUGUAACAUCAGUAUGUAGAGAGAUCUUGUAGCACCUUUGAGACUCACUGAAUGAAAGAAGUUGGCUUGGAGGAUCAUCAGUGAAAAAAACAGAAUGGGAGAAAGGUUGGGAGGCUUUUCUCAGAAAGCGGCCCAUGUUAAGCACCCCUUAAAAUGUUUUCUAGGUGUAGUACAUGCCAGCCAUGAAUUAAUGGAAAGCUGUUCCUUGAUGGCACCAUUUCAGUAGACAAAGCUCUUGAAGCCUAACCAUUAGCAGCUAGGGGUAACCUCACAUAAGAAUACAAUAACAUCCCAAAUCCGCUGAACAGUGGUGCAAGCACAAAAUACAUGAUGCAAGCUUUCAAAGCUCAACUGGCUUCAUCAGGCAAAAGUGUUACGAAUCAAAGUCCUGGAAGUAAAAUCUGAAGUCCAUUAGCAAUACAAAAAGGUACUUCUUCCGAAAUCCCAGAUGCCUCCAUCCUUGGUGAGGCUACAGUCCCUUUUGAACCUUGCCAAAGAACAACACCAACAACUUGAGAAAAUGCAUCGUUUUAUAAUGUUUUUCUCCUGUAUGAUUGUUAACGCCUUUCCCUGAUGAAGAAGCCAGUCGAGCUUCGAAAGCUUGCAUUGCGUUUUUUGUACCCUUUGGUUGAUCCGAUAAAGGUAUCACUGCUUUGUGGAUUUGGGAUGUUAUUGUCCUUUGCUACAUGGUCAGCAUGGCUACCCCUGAAUAUGUUUCCUCGCAUAAGAGAAUUAACAUCUUGGGUAGAAAUAUGGGCUAAAAUUUUAAUCCCUUUCCCGUAUCCAGAGCUGUUUUUAUACAGAGGAGUUGUCAUUCUGCCCUCUCCAUUUCUGUCAAGGAAUAGUUUUCAUCUCAGUUCUUGAAUUAAUCCGUGAUAAAAGGCCUGGGUAGGUGUUGGACUGAAACACCCAUCAGCUCUAGCCCACAUAAUCAGUGGUGAGAUGAUGGGAAUUGCAGUCUUGCCAUUUCUGGAAGGUCAUCUCUGUACUGUUUUGGAUAAAGUAACUGGAAAAAAAGUGUUGCUGCUCAAGUUAGCCUUUCUCAGUUUUGUUGCACACAGAAUGGACCCUCUGAAUUCAUUGGGGAUCUCUGGGAAUCUACCCAAAGGGGAGAUGGGGGUUCUCUGUGGGAUCUUACAUUUACCUCUCCUUCUUCCAUGAUGCUUAUCUGACGUGUGUCAUCUGUGCAAAGCCAAGUCCCAACAGUAAAAGUUUGCUGCUGGAAAAUGGAGUUCUCACAAAGGGAAGAGGCUGAAGUGUUGCCAGCUAUCUCUCUCUCUCUCUCUCUCGGCUUCAUCCUUCUUUGCCUGCUUCUUCGUAUGACCAUAAGUAGGACUUUUAUCAGCUGACUACAGUUGUUGACCAGAAUAAAUCCUUAUGCACCUGCCAGUUGCAGAGAAAAAGAAAA